CACCUCUUCCCAGUGGAGGAAAAAGCCCACCGCGAAAUGCGUCUGUCAGCGGACGGUUACACACUAAUUCAAAUAGGAGAACGCCUAGUGUGAUCUUUCUGGGACCAGUAAAGGAUUGUUUUAUAUUUAUAGAGUGUUUUGAUUUUGUUUUCAUUGUUCAUCCCGCCCUUUUUUUUUUUUUUUUUUUUUUUUUUAGCUUUCUCCUUUUGUGUUUUCUUACCUUUUCUGAGGAUGUCGGUGGCGGGGUUGAAGAAGCAAUUUCAUAAAGCGAGUCAGUUAUUGAGUGAGAAAAUAAGUGGGGCUGAAGGAACGAAGCUGGAUGAGGACUUUAUGGAGAUGGAGAGGAAAAUAGAUGUCACCAACAAGUCUGUUUUUGAACUCAUAACCAAAACCACAGAAUACCUCCAACCAAACCCAGCUUCGCGAGCCAAACUGGGGAUGUUGAACACCAUGUCUAAAAUAAGAGGGCAGGUGAAGACGACGGGCUACCCCCAGACAGAGGGACUUCUGGGAGACUGCAUGCUACGAUACGGCCGUGAACUUGGAGACGACUCCACAUUUGGUUAUGCUCUGGUGGACGUGGGUGAAGCAAUGAAACAAAUGGCUGAUGUUAAAGACUCCCUUGAUAUCAAUGUGAAACAGAACUUCAUUGACCCCUUGCAGACCCUGCAGGACAAGGACCUGAAGGAAAUCGGGCACCACCUCAAGAAGCUAGAAGGACGGCGGUUAGAUUUCGACUACAAGAAGAAGCGUCAGGGCAAGAUUCCUGACGAAGAGAUCAAACAAGCCGUGGAGAAGUUCGAGGAGUCCAAAGAGCUCGCGGAGAGGAGCAUGUUUAACUUCUUAGAAAAUGAUGUGGAGCAAGUGAGCCAGUUGACAGCUCUGAUCGAGGCAGCAGUAGAGUAUCACCGUCAGUCCUCCGAGAUUUUAGAGGAACUUUCUGGAAAAUUACAGAGCAGGAUAGCCACGGCAAGCAGCCAACCCCGGAGAGAGUUCAAGCCAAAGUCCAUCAUGUCCAGCCUGGAGACCAUCAGCAGCACCCAGCACAACGGCUUCUCCUACAGCUCCUCCAUUAAGUCCUCAGAUAUACAAGUCAACGACAAUGGAAAUGGAAAAACUGACCACUUCACCCAUGUGCCUCCCAUGACUCUCACAUGGUCUGAAAGCAACAGUCAGACGGAGCCGCACAUGGAUCAACCCUGCUGCCGCUCCCUCUAUGACUUCGAGCCCGAGAACGAGGGUGAGCUUGGCUUCAAAGAGGGCGACAUCAUCAUCCUCACCAACCAGAUUGACGAGAACUGGUACGAGGGCAUGAUCAACGGCGAGUCAGGCUUCUUCCCUAUCAAUUACGUGGAGGUCCUAGUGCCCCUACCCCAGUGAAAGGAGGCAAGGCCCGGGGAUAUAUCCCAAGUCUACAUCCCAGCCACUCAGACUCUACCGAGAUGUCCUCGGGCACAUUCUCCAUGGGAGCACUGCGUGUUACAACAGACGUUGCAAAACAUUUUGUUUUUCAGUAUUUAUUUGCUUUUCCUUCAUUUAGUUUCCAUGGUUCUACUUUCCAUUGGUGGUAUGCGCUAUCCUGUGCUCCAAUUUAGGCAUUGGCUUUCGUUUAUUGGUUGUUUUGAAAAGCAUGUUGCAUCCAGUAGGGUAGCUGCAUUUGCUGGGUCUCUCUACGUUUUGUUUGUCUGUUUUUUUCUGUAAUUCAGUGUGGUUUAUCAGUUUAUCUGCCUGCACUGGUGUUACAAGUUGCUGAAACACAUUUUUAUAAACUGAGUAUCUGCACUGCUACUCAUAUGAAUGUGCAUCUCCCCUAGAACUUAAUUUCCUUUUUUGUCUCUCACUCUUUCGAUCUCUGGCUCUCCUAGUUCUGUUUACAUGUGACUUAUUGUGAUUAUAGGGAAUCAUAGUAGCAGUCACAGGUGUUGUAUUCGAUAGGGCAGAGAUCUAACUAUUCUCCCUCCUUAAAGUUCUUUAUUUUGAGGUUGUAUUGCACUGAAGCUUUAGAUUCAAACCCAGUUCACAUGGCACAUGGAUGUUCUGUUGCUCCAAGGAGUAAUGGAUGCACUUUUGACUGCAUCUCCCAGCUAUGUCGUCAGUCCAAAUUUAUAUUGAUCAGCUCUAUGGUAAAUAUAUAUAGAGAGAUUGAUAUCGACAAAACGUGUCCUUCGUAAUGUAUGUAUUGAAACUUUCUGUUCGCCUUGUGAUUAAUGUUUGCCCAAUAUCGUACACCGAAUGAAGAUAAAAAUUGAAACUCUAAUGAAAUAUUCUUUGUAUCAUAUUCUGAGUGGAGGACUCUUGUGUAUAACAAGCUCUGAAAUGCUUUUUAAGUCCACGGUUUCACUGAUUAUUUUAAACUGACAAAAUGUGUCUUGUCUACCUAAAUUAGGAUGUCUUGAUAUUGCCAAAAAAAAAUUAAGACAGUAUUCAUUUGUUGCCAUAUCUUUGUUUAAUUUAAUAGUUUACUUUGUUUUAUUUUGCCUUUUGAGUCCUGCCUUUCUUUGCUGUGUCAAGACAGUGCUGUCUUACUGUCUUUAAUCUUAAAAAUCAUUCCCUUUUUUACUCUUUUUCUGUUUUUUGUUGUUGCUUUUACUGGUCACCUGAAUAAUGACUAGAAAUGACAGUGGAGGUUUAUUUUGAUACAGUAUUAAUCAGUUCAAAUGUCUGAAUUAGAAUUUGCAUUGACAUUAUGUCCUGAAUUCAGUUGUCCGAACUACAUAUUCAGGUCUUGGGUUCAGCCAUUUUCUCAGUGUGCUCAGGUUACCUUCACUUUCCAGGAAAAUAGUUGUUUCCCUGUUAAUAUUGUACAACUGCUUGUUGCCAUAUGAUUUUAUUUUUGCAAUUUGAAUCACCGUUGUGCUGAACCAGAAGUGACACUCCUUUGUUACUCAGACGGGUGAGCUGGAAUGAACAAUUUUAAGAAAACAAACAAACAAACAAAAACCAUGGGCUAUUUAGCACCAAACACUACUACUGAUCCCUGUACUGUUUCAGUUUUUGUCCUGUCUUUCCAGCAGUUUUUUACUCUAAAUGUUUGUUCCAGUUUCUGUCACUACAGUCCUUGAUCUUAAUUUUGUUUUGCUCUCUUAAGUAUAAUUUAUACAGAAAGUGUUUUAUAGAUGUAAAUGGAUAUAUUACAUACUGUAUAUUGCAUAAAUAAAUGACAAAUGCUAAAUAAUUGUUGAGACUGACAUUUAACAUUCUAUUGAAUGCCUUACACAAAAACAACAAAAGCUAAAAGGGAAUUGAGUCAACUCUGC